GCCAACUACUUCGUGCAGUGCAGACGACAUCUUUUCGGCAAGGAAAUCACGUGGAUUUAUUUACGAUCGUUUCUGCUCCAAAAAAGUAAUAAAAAACUGAUGUACUUAUUUAUUGAAUGAUUUUUAUUUGAAAAUACAGCAUGGGUGAAUCUACAUUAAAAGAGGCUUUUGAAGUUGAAUCUCAGCAUGGAGCAUUUUAUACUGGAGGAAAUAUUUUGUGGAGCAAAGACGGACAGCAUCUGUUUUGUCAAAAUAAAGGAACAGUCUCUGUAUUAUCAGUAAACAAAGGUUUAAUCAUAUCUAAUAUCGGAAAGUCUGAAAACGACCAAGAAGAAGAUCCUAUAAAUAGUUUUGCCCUUAGUUGUGACGAUCUGUUAGUCGUAACUCAACACAAAAGUGGUCUUUUUAAAUUAUGGAACUGGGAAGGUAAUUAA